UAGUCGGCGAGUGGUUCAGCUUAACUAUAAUGGAGAUAUGAGAGGUUGAAGGUCUUUUGAGAGAGAGAGAGAGAGAGAGAGAUGGUGAAGCAAUUCAUGGUGAUGGAUGCGUGGAUGAGAGAAGCUGAAGAAGCUUCAGGGUUGUUGGAAGAGGUAGAGAGCAAGUUCAAGAAAAAGAAUCCUCAGGAGCUGUGCAGGCUCAGAGACACCACUAGAUCCAAACUCCUUGACCUUGGGACGAAGCUUGAUCGCCUUGAGUGUCUCCUGCACAAUCCACCGUCAAGACCCUUCUUAACCGACGAAGAUUUAGGUUGGCGAUGGAAAAUGCUGUCGGAUAUUCAGCUGCGAACAAGAGAAGUGGCCAUCGGUUUCCUCGUGUCAGCAUCUUCAAGCAGGCCUGGAGAGUUGCAUUCUGCAGACUCCAAAGAAACCAGUCAAUCUACCAGCAUUUUUAAUCAAGAUGAGAUGGCAGCCUCAUUUUCGAAAGAUGACCCAGAGAUGCUUAAACCUCUUUUGUCGGAUAAUGCAUCUCAAAUUCAUCAUAAGCAGGACUCUUUCACUGCGACGAGUUGGCUCUGGAAAACUUGUUGGAUCACAUGUUCGAUUCUUGGAGCAACUGCACUUCUCUUUACAUUGUUUGUUGUCUGUGCAAUAAUAUGAGAUACCAUCAACAAUUCAAUACACCUGUAAUUUGUCUUUUAACAUGAAUCUCCUUAAUGCUGGUGCUGCAGCUCUGUAGGUAACUUGUGAGACUGUCGCAUCAUCUGCUCUGGAGAAACCAAGCGAUGAUGUCAAUGAUUGGGUGAUUCUAGUAGCAUUUAUUGUAGCAUGAACAGAGUACUCUCGUCUCUUCUUGACAAUUCUGCGAGUGAUUCUCUCUUUAUUGUUAAGUUCAUCGAUAGGCAGAAAAGUGGUGUCUUCUAUGUAUUGAUUAUCAAAACUUUGAAGU